UUUUAUUUUCACCACUCAAGUUGACGCCAAAAAGAACGCCAUUGUGAAAAAAAAAUUUUAUUUUGUAAAAAUAUACAUAUUCUGUUUAUAAAUAACUUUAUUCCAAAUUGAAUAAAUUUAAAACUUUACAAUUUAGUAAAUAACAAGAAUAAAAAUUUUAUUAAAUGUGUUUAAAAUAUUACAAAAUUGAUAAAAAAAAAAAUUUAUUGGUAGGCCAUUUUGCGCCAACGGAAUAGCUAUAAAUAAUUAAAUCUGAAAAAGAUACCUUAUAAAAACAGUUUGUGUAUAAAAUUAUUGUGUUUCAAAAUAAGGAACAGGGAAGAAAUGUUCUCUGUUUUUAAAUGUGGAAAUUUUGUUUUUAUAUUUCACAAUUUUAAUGAAGCUGAGCUUCGCGUUAGAAGAGUAAUUUUUAAUGGAAAGUAGAUUUUUAGUGUAUGUAUACAUGCAUGCUUUUAUAAUAAUGUAAAAUGGGGCAAAAGUAACCCUGCUUCAUGCUAAUAAAAAAUUCAGACUUUUAGUAAAAGAAAUUCUACAUAAAUAUAUACAUAAGUUUUUAGAUAUUUAAAUUGUGACAAAAAUUUGCAUGAAAUAUGUUUUACGCGCAUAUUGUGUUAGCCAAAAAGGGGCCGCUAGCUAGAAUAUGGUUAGCAGCCCAUUGGGACAAAAAACUCACCAAAGCUCACGUUUUUGAAACAAAUAUUGAACAGUCAGUUGAAGGUAUAAUGCAGCCAAAAGUUAAAUUAGCUUUAAGAACAUCCGGGCACCUCUUGUUGGGUGUAGUUCGAAUAUAUUCAAGGAAAGCCAAAUAUUUAUUAGCGGAUUGCAAUGAAGCUUUUGUAAAAAUUAAGAUGGCUUUUCGGCCCGGUAUAGUAGAUUUGCCAGAAGGCCAUAGGGAAGCUGCUGUAAAUGCAAUUACUUUACCAGAAGUGUUUCAUGAUUUUGAUACUGCUUUACCUGAACUAAAUGAUGUAGAUAUAGAAGCACAAUUUUCAAUAAAUCAAUCUAGGGCCGAUGAAAUAACUAUGAGAGAAGAUUAUGGUAGUUUGUCAAUGUCAAUUCAUGACGAUGGAUUUGGAGAUAUGGGUUUUGAUGCCGACACGGCAGAUUUGGUGAGAGAUGGAAUGGAUCCCAACAUCGAUGAAAAUCUCUUUGCUGAAGAAUUGGAAAAAGAUGUCAACCAGACGAAAGAACCCAUUGCUGGAACAUCGAAAGAUAUAUUGAAUGAUGAUAACUUGGUAGACCCUCAUUUGGACGCGGAUGGAUUUGGUGACGAAUUCCAAGCUGUUGGUUUGUUUGAGGGUGAUAUAUUUGGAGAACCAGCUCCGGCGGAGCCUCAAUUAAGUGCGAAUCUUCCUAAAAAUGAUGAUUCUGACGACGAUUUAGGGCACUUUGAUGGAGGCGCUCCUUCGCCUCUACAAAGUCUUGGUGGAUCGAGACCAAAUUCACCCGAAAAGGAUUUAGAAAAAACAUUGACAACUGGUAAUUUACAACAAUUAGUUGAAGAAUCGGAAAAAGAGCAAAUUGAAGGUGGUGCGGGUGGCAGUGAGGAGGUUUUAGAAAAAAAUGAAGAUAACAAUGAAACUGCUGUGGCUGACCAAACGACGUUAAUUCAUAACGAAGAAGAAAGUUUUGCUUUAGCUCCGGUAGACGCGUCUGCAUAUAGAGGUGUUACAAAGGCGAAACGGAAGCGAAAGUUGAUUGUUGAUGAAGUAAAAAAUAUUUCUGGUGAAGAAAUGAAAUCUCAAUUAGCUAACACAUCGGACAUAGUAACGACGCUCGAUUUAGCACCUCCCACGAAGAGGUGGCUUAUGUUUUGGAAAGAAACUGGUGGUGUCGAAAAAUUAUUUGCUUUACCUUCGCGAGACAUUUCAGCGAGAUCCUUAUUUACACUGUAUCAAAGGCAUCUAUUAUCUCACGCUUGUGGUGUUGAAGACUUUUCAAUGUUAGGGCCGGCUGACGUACUUGCGAUAGAUCAACUGCAGCACGAUUCAGAAUCUCCCAAUACAAUUAUACCAAACAAAAGAACUAACCGCAAACGGAAGUUGGUGGAAGAAUUGCAAAAGCAGCAUCAAAUAGAGUCGGAACCACAUCAUCAAGAGGAGUUACGGCAGGAAGCAGAACAAGAGCAGCUGAAACAAACUUUAGAUAUAACCGGGGUAUCGCAAGUCUCAGAAAUCGAUCAAGCUCGUGAUAUUGAAGCGCAAAGUCGAGUGUCGGCUAUUUCGUUAGAUAUAAAUAAUGUUCCAGUAGAUACAAGCAUUCCACCUCAACCUCAAACGACAGAAGGUGAAUCAUUGUUAAUGCCUCCUCCUGCGACACCAGGGCUUGAUGCGGUGAGAAGUCCAUCUCAUUAUCCCUCUUUACCUGAUCUUGGUAGUUUAGGACCGAUGACACCAGGUUUACCGGCAAUACCCAUGACUCCUGGUAAUCUAAGUCAUGGAAUUGGUCUUCAUGAUGAAUUCCCACAUCCUAGUGCACUUACUCCAGCUGACUUACCUGAUGGUGCUAUUACACCGCAUCAUCCUGGAAUAGAAAAUAUAGAAUCUAUACCAAAUCUACCAGCUGAUCAGGUUUCAUCAAUUUUAAGUGCCGCAGAAGGUGGAAAUAUUAGCAAUGAAAACUUAGAUUUAAGUGGUGGAGAUAGAUAUGUUGGAGAUAACAAUGAAUGGAAUAACGAUUACGAUUUUCCUCAAUCGGUGGCCCAGCAUCAACCCGGUGAUGAACAGCAAGAAAAUGAAACAGAUGAGCAGUUUGAAGAACGCGUACUUAAUAAACGUGCUGCACAGAUGUUCUUUGCUGUAAAAAGAAAAUUUGAAAAGAAAGAAUCACUGAUGUUGUCUGAAAUGACAUUUAGGAAUAACAGAAAACAAGCUGCACAAAAAUUUUAUUCAUUGUUAGUAUUGAAAAAAUUUUGCGCACUUGAAAUUUUUCAAGACGAACCAUAUGGUGAUAUUGCAGUGAAAAAGGGACCUAUGUUCGAUAAUCCAAAAUUGUAAAUGAUAAUAUAUUUCCUUUUAAUGAUAUAUAUUUUGUUAUUUUUUAAUUGUUUUUAAUAUUAAUAUAUAUAUUUUUUUUCAAUAUUGAUAUUAUUACGUUAGUUUUACUUUUGAAUCAAAAACAUAUUAUGUAAGCACAUCAAUAUUAGUUUUAUUUUUAAAAACAUUUUUUGAAUUCAUUCAUUAUUUUUGUAAAUAAAUUAAAAUUUUUAAUAAAAUUAUUAUCAUAGAAAAUUUAUUACAAAAGUACAUGUUUGGCCUUAUCUUCCAAAUUUAAGAAAAUGGUAGACGUAUUGACUCAAAAGAGUUUUUUUUAAAUUAAAAAAGUAUUUAAUAUUUAUAAGAAAAUCUAAAGAAAAUAACUUCAAAAAUGCAUGCUUCAGUUAUAUUUAAAAAAAUUUGUUAAGAAUGUAAGAAAUAUAAAUAUUUAACAUAAUUGUAAAUUAUUUUGCAUAAUUUUUUUUGAUUUUUAUUUAUGUGAAAAUUAACUAUUUUAGUUUUAUGUUACUUAAUUAAGUAUAAAUCCAUCCUAAUUUGCGUAAAGUAUUUCAGUAAGUAAACUGGUUUUUAAAUAUUUCCAUUGUGGUUUGAAAACUUUAAUUUGAUAGUGAGUAAUAGCAGAGUUUUUAAAACGCAAUGCAAUUUUGCAACAGAAGUUAAUUUGAUUUAAAAUAAAGUUACCAAAAUUCCUUUUCUGAUUAUUUGAAUAAAUUUUUCUUAAAAAAAAUUUGGUAAUGAUGUUUAACUUAGAAACUUUACGAAUUUGUUGCAAAUUCUUGUAAAAUCUGUAAAUAAAAAACUAUUUAUGUUAGGAAUAUUGAAAAAAAAUUAAAAUAAGCAAAAACUUUGUAAAAAUAAAA